CCGCAGCAUUUUUUAUUGCCGAAAUUUCGAAAAACGGGUAGUUUUCACAAGUCUUGCCAAGUUUUUGGAGUGCAAGAGCUAAUAGGAAACGAGACCCAUGGAAAAACGAAAGGAAGAUGACAGAUGGAAAAAGCUUGUUGAUAUUUCUCCUCCAUGUCACCGUAAUUUCCACUGUUGACUCCAAGAAAAACAUUUUGCUUAUCAUUGCUGAUGAUGCAGGUUUUGAGUCUCAAAUCUACAACAACACAGUAUGCAAGACUCCCAACCUAAACCGCCUUGCCCAGCAAAGUGUGAUCUUCCAAAAAGCUUUCACUUCUGUGAGCAGUUGUUCACCAAGCAGGUCUGCCAUAUUAACUGGACUUCCACAGCAUCAAAAUGGCAUGUAUGGCUUGCAGCAUGGUGUCCACCACUUCCACUCCUUUGAUGGAGUGAAGAGUCUGCCUCUGAUCUUGAGGCAGUCUGGGAUAAGAACAGGUAUCAUUGGAAAGAAACAUGUUGCUCCAGAAUCAGUUUAUCCCUUCAAUUUUGAGAGGACAGAAAUGAACAACAGCAUCAACCAGGUGGGGAGGAACAUCACGCACAUCAAACUCCUUGUGAGAGAGUUUCUUACUCAGAAGGAUGACAGACCUUUCUUCCUAUACAUUGGUUUCCAUGAUCCACAUCGUUGUGGUCACACUAGUCCCCAGUUUGGACCGUUCUGUGAGAAGUUUGGCAAUGGGCAGGCAGGCAUGGGUGUCAUUCCAGACUGGACUCCUGUCAGGUAUGACCCUGACCAAGUCAUUGUCCCUCCCUUUGUACAAGACACCCCAGCUGCCAGGCAGGACAUUGCUGCCCAGUACACCACCAUCAGUAGGAUGGACCAAGGUAUUGGCCUUAUCAUGAAGGAGCUGACAUCUGCUGGAUUUGGUGAUAACACAUUGGUAAUAUACAGCUCAGAUAAUGGCAUCCCAUUUCCCAAUGGCAGGACCAAUCUGUAUGACUCUGGCAUGACUGAACCUAUGCUGGUGUCUUCACCACAUCAUAGCAGGAGAUGGGGACAGGUUUCCAAGGCAAUGGUCAGCCUGACAGAUAUAGUCCCCACAGCACUGGACUGGUAUGGUCUCCAAUACCCAAAUUACAGUAUAUUCGGCCACAGAGAAAGGACCCAACUGACUGGACAGUCUCUGCUCCCGGUGAUGGACGCUGAGCCAAUCAAGGGCUGGGACACAGUGUAUGCUAGUCACAACUUACACGAAGUGACCAUGUAUUAUCCAAUGCGAGUGAUAAGAAAUAGAAACUACAAACUAAUUCACAAUAUAAAUUACAAGAUGCCUUUUCCAAUAGAUCAGGAUUUUUAUGUUUCUCCAUCAUUUCAAGAUUUAUUAAACAGGACUAGGGUGGGUAAGGAUACCCACUGGUUUAAAACAUUAAAACAGUAUUACUACAGAGCGGAAUGGGAGCUUUACAACAUUGUGAAUGAUCCAAGAGAGUUGCACAACUUGGCCAAAGAUCCACAGGCUUCUUCAGUAUUUAAAGAAAUGAGACAUCAGUUGUCCUGGUGGCAGAACCAGACAGCAGAUCCCUGGAUAUGUGCCCCACACGGUGUGUUAGAAGACAGUGGACGUUAUCAAUCUGCCCCUCAGUGUUUAUCACUGGAUAAUGAACUUUAAGUAUCC